UGUGCUCAGCUAACCUGGUCAUUCUAAAAAAAAUAAAGUGGUGAAUACAAGAAAGAAUUGUGACUGGAUUGCCAAUCUACCGGUCAGUUGGAAAAUUAGGUUGGAUCAGUAGCUCUUGAGGGUUGGUUGUGGAAUUAGCUCAUCAUGGCUUUGGUUUUUAUAUCUUGACACUCUUCUCUUUUGUGAUCUCAUUGAUCUGCCUAAAGAUGAAGCAAACGAAAGUGGAAACUGGAGAUGUCUGUGGAAAGAUAACACAGUCAAUACCCCCACCCCCUCCCCCUCCCCCUCCCCUUCCAAGGUUCUGGGUUCGGAAGAAGGUUACUGAGAGUGUGACAAAGCAAGAGAUUGCAAAGUUUUGGAGGAAAAAGCUUACUGAGGAGGAGGAUCACUUCCUUGCUGCUAUCAAGGCUGCUGCACGUAUCAGAGCUAGAAAUCUCUCUGAGGAUGGCUAUAAGCAAUUUGAAGAGUCGUUGAAGGAUGAUGAUGGUGCUAAAGAGAACGACACUACAAGCCUCAAUAGCGGCAAAGAUACCAGGAACAAGGAAGUGCGUGUGGGAAUAAAGGACUGGUGGACAAAGAGCAAAUAUGCAUACUUGAACCAACCCGCCAUCAAGUCCAAGGAUCCUCCGGAAAGAAGAUCUUCCAGUUACACUCCCAAUUAUUUUUCUUUUAAGCCCACAACUCCCCUGUAUCCUACCUCCUUAGGUGUUUUUUAGUCCCAUUGGUGUUCCUCUCUCAAUUAGAUUGCCUGAUUUUGUUGAAGCUGGUUGGGAUGGAUGAUUUGUACUUUUUUUUUUUUUUUUUGAGAUUUGUUUGUCCUGCAGUUGCUGUGACAAUGCUUGAACUCCAGCUGAUGGUUGGGAAUUGUACAACACCAAAACCAUCGUGAGAUGCGUUACUUCUGAAUAAAUGUGCUUUCAGACACUCCUUUUAAGUUA